AUGGCGCUCGCCGCGCGCGCACGCGUCCACGCCCCAGCGUGCGCGCGCACGCGGGUCCAGCGACGCGCCGUGACGCAGGGACGAACCCAAAAAUGUGUCAAGAGCCCGCUGGGAUUAUCUGUAUCUCGACGUAAACAACGCGACGCCGUCGUGACGCAGAGCUUCUUCGGCGUCGGAGCGCCCGAAGCGUUGGUGAUCGGUGUCGUCGCGCUGUUGGUGUUCGGGCCGAAGGGGUUGGCGGACAUCGCGAAGCAACUGGGGGCGACGAUUCGUGAGUUCCAGCCGACGAUCAGGGAGCUGCAAGACGCGUCGAGAGAGUUCCAAGACACUUUGCGGGACGAGAUCGAGAAACCGCUGGAAGAGGUGAAGCAAAGCGUGGUGGCGCCACCGCCGCCGAGGAAGCGAGAGGCGCCGGUGGGCGAAGGUUUGAGUGAAGGGGCGAAGAGGGAGGCGAGCGCGUCGGUUUCGUUUAGCGAAGACGCAAACUCGAGCGACUCUUUCAAGAGCGAAAACGGAUCGUUCUCUUCGAGCGAAGACUACAUCGACAACGACAUGAAGGCGCGUGCAGCGGCCGAGGCGUGGGGCGCGAGCGCGGAGCAAGAGGCUUCCGAGGACGCGGCGCGGGCGGCGGAGGAAAAGGAGGAGCAAGAGGUGCUCGCGCUCGAGGCCGAGGCUGAUAACCAACUCGAGGAGGGCAUGAAGUAA